AUGUCAUCUAUUCCGGGCGGUCCCACGGGGGGUCCUGGACAAAUGAGUGGUUUAAGUGCUGCGAGUGGUGUUCUUUCAAGUCUAGCGAAUUCCCGCAAACCGUGUAACUGCACAAAGUCACACUGCCUAAAGCUCUAUUGCGAAUGCUUUGCACAAGGACAGCUUUGUCAAAAUUGUAACUGCAAUAACUGUAUGAAUAACCUAGCCUAUGAGGAGGAGCGCGGGAGGGCUAUUAAGAUGACUCUAGAGCGUAAUCCCACAGCAUUUCAUCCGAAAAUUGGUCGUGGAGAAGGUGAAAGAAAGCACACUAAGGGUUGUAAUUGCAAGCGAUCAGGAUGUUUGAAAAACUAUUGUGAGUGUUAUGAAGCAAAGAUAAGCUGCUCUGAUUUGUGUCGUUGUCAAGGAUGCCGCAAUACAGAGGAUAGCGUAGAAAGGCGCUCACUGAUGCGCUUGGCCGCAAUGGGAGCUUUAAGAUCAAGGCAACCAUCUUCUUUCAAAAAGCAUUUGGUGAAACCUCCCUCCGAAACCUUACCACAUGUGUUCUUCACCUGGGAAGUAAUCGAGGCAACAGCUAGUUGUUUAUUAGCACAAGCUGAUGAGGCGGAACGUCGUGACUUACCUCCAGCAGCACAAGAACGAAUAAUUCUAGAAGAAUUUGGACGUACGUUGGAACGCGUAAUUGAGGCAGCUAGUAAGGCACAAAUACGAUCGUCUAGUGGUAUCCAUACAUCUGCAUCAAUUGAUGAUAAUGAUCAGGGGCUGAUACACAGCGGUGGAUCAACUGGCCCAGGUAGUCUUGGUGGGAAGGGCGGUGGUGCGGUCGGAGUUGCAGCAGCGGCUGCCGCAGCCGCAGAUGUUCUACGGGACGAUGAGGAUGACGAAGACGAAAUGAUGCAUGACAUUGACGUGGAAGAAGAUGAUCCUGACGAAAUGGAUGAUGAAAUGUAUGGUAUUGUUGGUGGGCCGACGAUCUCACGUCAUGGACACUCUCGCUCUCAUAUAGGGCGCCGUCAUAUACCAAGCAGUCACCGGUCUACACAUCUUGUUCCUGAGUUAGAUGAUGACAUGAUGAGUGACGAAGAUCCAGUCGAAAGAGCCCAUGGUGGAUCAUCAGGUGCUAGACAGGGGAUUAUGUCGCAUAGGUAUCAAGAGAUACAUUCUCGUCGGACAUCGCAAACUGUUGAAGACCGAUAUACUCAUCCUCGUCGAAGUAUGAGCGGUCGCAGUUACCGUCAUCAUGACCCGGACUCGAUGGUAUAA